GCAGUGUCCAGCAGGUGGCGGUGUUGCCUUUUCAAACAUUACCUUAAGCGUCAUUUCUGUUUCCCGACAUGCACUGCGAACGAGCAGCCCUUCAGACCGAAGGACACCGGGGGACAACAUAAUAGCGGAAUUUCUCUGCGAAAGAUAUCCAGCAGCUGAAGAUGUCUGACCAAAUCGAUGAGAAGAUCAAGAACUACAGGACGGCUCCCUUCGACGCCCGCUUCCCAAACACCAACCAGACCCGCAACUGUUUCCAAAACUAUCUGGAUUUCCACAGAUGUAACAAAGCCCUGUCUGCCAAAGACCAGGACACGGCUCCCUGCGAUUGGUACCAGAGGGUCUACAAGAGCCUUUGCCCCAUCAGCUGGGUUCAGAAAUGGGACGAGCAGGUGGAGGCGGGAAAUUUCCCCGGAAAGAUCUGAACAGACAUUCCUCUCCAGCCCUCUAUACCUGUCUUCAUCUUAGUAUCUUAAUGUGAAGCAUCUGCUCUUUCUGUACAGAAGCAACAAAAUAAAUUAUAUAAUGUUACUGUGAA